GAGGGCUGCUUGCAGAGUCUCUACGGAAGCUGCGGAACGCGGGUCUCGGCCGCGGGAACCGACUGGGCGUUUCCGUUCCCGGCGUCUCGCCGCAGGAGCUAUAUAUUGAAGACAAUGUCUGGAAGCUUCUACUUUGUCAUUGUUGGUCACCAUGAUAAUCCAGUUUUUGAAAUGGAGUUUUUGCCAGCUGGAAAAGCAGAAUCCAAAGACGAUCACCGCCAUCUGAACCAGUUCAUAGCUCACGCUGCUCUCGACCUCGUAGAUGAGAACAUGUGGCUGUCAAACAACAUGUACUUGAAGACGGUGGACAAGUUCAAUGAGUGGUUCGUUUCAGCAUUCGUCACUGCGGGUCAUAUGAGAUUUAUUAUGCUGCAUGACAUCAGGCAAGAAGACGGGAUAAAGAACUUCUUUACUGAUGUCUAUGAUUUAUAUAUAAAGUUUGCAAUGAAUCCAUUUUAUGAACCCAAUUCUCCUAUUCGAUCAAGCGCAUUUGACAGAAAAGUUCAGUUUCUUGGGAAGAAACACCUUUUAAGCUGAAUGCAAAAAAUUCGGAAGUAAACAGUGUCACUACAAUGGGGUGUACUCAGGAAUGUGUACAUUGUAAGUAACUUGAUUAAACAGCAUGGAAAAGUUUUAGUUGUAGUCUCAAUUUAUCUAAACCUAAUGAAAUUGCUUUUAUAUUUAAAAAUGGUAUGUUCAGUUUCUUAUGAUUAUCAACAGAUUGAUAUUUGCUUGUGAACAGUGUUAUUUAUGAAGAGCUCUUUAUCAGUAAGCUUGAAAUAUUUUUAUUUUAAAAAUUGAGAAUAAGCUUUUGACUUUCCUCAUUCAGAUAGCUUGAUCUUGUUUUAACAAUCCAGAACCAAAUGUCAUUGUGAAGAUUUGGUAGGCAGAUUUAAAACCAAAAGCUUCUGCAGUAGGGAAUGAAGUUGAUAGCACAUACAUGGGUUCAUCUAUACAUCUAGAGAUGUUAUGAAAACGUAUAGGUAAUAUACAUAGAAGUAGUAUAUGUACACUAAGAAGCCAAGAAGCCACAGCAGACGGCUUUGCAGUGCCAAAUGCCACAGGCCUGCCCCUGUCAGAGACUGGGAACAGUGAUCCUGCUGUAAUACUAGAAUCCUGGAUCCAUGUUUGUAAAGUGGGAGGCUAGGACCAAAGUGACAGGUUAUGUUCUUAUGUCUCCUUUCCCUCAGACAGUAAACUGAAGAUUAAGUGAACCCGUUGAUAGCUGUACUAGUAAAAAGUUGUAAGGCAGUUUUAGAAUUGUAAACAAAGAAAAGCUUGCAUCACAUUAACACUUGCGCUCUUGGCCAUUUAGGCUGUAUACCGGAGGGGGCAGGAGUAGCCUCUUUUUUGUACUGUAACAGCGUGGGAUCUUACAGUAAACCAGUAAAUGUCCAUUGAAAAGCAAGUAAUAUAACUGCGUAUUUUCUGUGCUAAUUGUGAGCACUUGAAGAAUUUUGUUCCAUUCUGAAUAACCUGAGCAAUUAAUUCUAAGUUUGGUCCUGUAUCUUUGUAUGAAGUUGCUAGCAUAAUUUUUUACCAUAUUUAUGUGA